UGGUCGGCGAACCACAUCCUCUAGCUCUUCCAGCCAAUGGACGGCGAGUCGGUACCGAGAAAGCGCACUGAUUGGCUCAGCACCUUUGCGGACCGCGAUUGGAAACGCCCCCAGAACGCGGACGGCUCUCCGGAACCGCGGGGACGACUCCGCUUCCUGGGCAGGACGGCGGCGCGCCUGCGCGCGGGAGGGGCUCGGCUUAGGGGAGGGACGGGCUGGAGGCGUGCGGCUGCGGGGCCCCGCCCAGCCGCCACAGCCGCCGCCACCGCCUCGACCCAGCGCCGCUGUGCCGUGCCUUACUUUGUCCCACAUCACACAGCUGGUUUUGAGUCACAACAAGCUUACAACAUGAACAGAUUAAAUACCUUGCCAAGGGGGUUUGGAUCUUUACCAGCACUGGAGGUUCUUGACUUGACUUACAACAACUUAAAUGAAAAUUCUCUACCUGGAAACUUCUUCUAUCUGACCACCCUGCGUGCACUCUAUCUAAGUGACAACGAUUUUGAAAUCCUGCCGCCAGAUAUUGGGAAGCUCACAAAGUUGCAGAUACUGAGUCUUAGAGAUAAUGACCUGAUAUCACUGCCUAAAGAAAUUGGGGAGCUCACUCAGCUUAAGGAACUUCAUAUCCAGGGAAAUCGUCUUACUGUGUUGCCCCCAGAACUAGGUAAUUUGGAUUUGACUGGUCAGAAGCAAGUCUUCAAAGCAGAGAACAAUCCUUGGGUGACCCCUAUAGCUGACCAGUUCCAGUUGGGAGUGUCUCAUGUUUUUGAGUACAUUCGAUCAGAAACAUACAAAUAGUGAGAUUCUCUGAGAUGCUACAUCUCCUGCACAGAUGAUGUCCUGGCACAUUAAACUUCCUUCCAAAGAAGGCAGGAUGCAAGAUCCAAUAUAGCUAAGAAGUAAACAAGAGUUUACAAACUUAUUUCACACAUUUCUGUCACGUACCAGUAAAAAAAUUGUAAUUAACCAACAAAAAGUAUUUUAUCAACUUGAUGGGGGAAAAAGAAUAUAAAAAUAUAAUUUACAUUUGGUUUUGUUGUAUCAAAGGCAUGGUACUAUAUACUUUAUAUGAAAAUACUGAUUUGUAUUCUAACCAAAUAUUUUUAUUGGCUGUAUUUUUAAAAUCGAUAAAUAUAUUAGUACAUUAUUUCCAGCAGAGACAGUAGAUGACUAAGAGUCCUGACAUCUCUGGAUAAUGUUUACAUGCAAAUCUGUAACUCUUCCCCAAGGCAAAGAGGAACCCAUGUUGAAAGACAAACAAGAAAAACAGUAUCUGUAUAAAUUUUGUUUAUAUAUUGCUAAGAUGGAUAUGUAAUAAAAAUGAAGCUAUCACUGAUGUAUAUGACAGAUAUAGAUACUGCACAUAUAAAUUCUGUUCUAACUACUGAUAUUACUAUUCCCUUUGAUGUGAACUUUCAUAUAAAGUUUAGAAUAUUGUGCACUAAUCCAUUAACCAUGUCAGAAAUGAUAACCCAGGGUUUAAGUCGCUGGUGCUGAUGUCUAGGUAGGGCAGGGUUAGAAUCAGAAUCUGAAUGAAAAACUGAAGGAAGUACAUAAACGGGAUUUGAUGAAACCAAAAGUGGGGAAAGAAUGACAGUAGGGUACAGGAUUUGAAUAAGGACACAAGAUAGAGUUGUAUCUGAUCAUUAGGUAAGGCAAGAUCAGAAGAUGAGUUAAAAAUCUCUCGUAAUUAUAGUAAAAUCCAAAAUGAGGAACAGGUAGAGAUGUCUGAAAGAAACUGCUAAGAAAAAGAAUUGAAGGCCUAGCCUUGAGGACAAAUUGUGGCAUAAGCAAGCAAGCAAAGAUCAUAAUGUGCAACUGCAGGUAAAUGGCAUCUUGAGUUGGAAAAAAAAAAAAACA